GCAGCAGAGCACAGCUAAAUCAAGCCAGAGGAAAAGGACGUGAACGUGGACAAAGAGGAGGAAGAGGAGGCACUGCAGCAGCAUCAUCGUGUGCUGAUGUUGACGAAACAUCUCCGGUGGGACGCAUAAAGCAAUUAGUAAAGGUUGAAUCCCGCACGCACACCAGCACAUAGAACACGUGUGCAUACGUACGCACUGCCACAGCGAUUGAAAGAGUGAGAGAGAGUGAGUGCGGAGGGGGAAUUAACGUAAGAAUAGAACGGAUCCAGGAUGCGUGGGGGAGCCAAUGGAGCCACGCGCCCCCCACAGGAGUAUUUAGCCUAAUCGAGUGAUGCGCAGCACAGAAAUGCAGGGUGCCGCCGCCUUCAGCCUGCCUUAUUGCAGAUGCCAGAGAUGUUCAAGAUAACGGGGAAACAGAAGCAGAAGCAGCAGCAGAGCAAGAAAAAGAAGAGAAGGACAGCAACAACAACAAAAAUAACAAGAAGAUAAGGAAGGACACGACACACAAACAGCAGAAAGCGAGAAACGAAAAUCGAACUCUCCCUGUGAUAUAACUUGCACCGUAACCGUAAUUCUAGCUCGUAGUUUCAUCGUUACUUAUCGAUUAAUUAAUUAAUUAAUCUAAGCGCAACUCUAACCUAAGUACAAGAUUAACUUCACUCCAUAGCCGCCGAAAGCACGCCCCCAGGAUAAUCUAAUCUAAUCAGAAAAUACUUAAACUACAAAACCGCUGCUGCCCCUCUGCCCAAAACCAAAAACCCAAGCCCUACCAUUUGAAAUACUUUGCUGCCGCUCUGCUCCGCCGCCGACACCGCCGCCAGACCUGCGCCAAUUGAGAAACUAAAACCAGGCUUUACCCAAAGCUAAAUCUGAGAAAGACUCCAUCGAGAGAGAGUGAUUGGAAAAGAGACCAAAAUCAAACUUCAACUCCAACAGAAUGGGAGAUGAGGCCGACAAACGUACGGGCAAGGAGAAAUUGCUCUUCUACACGACUGCCUUCUUCAUACUGCUGGGCACGUUCAGCCUGUUCGCCUUCCUGUUUCUGGUGCCGUUCGUCAUCGAGCCGGCCUUCACCACGAUCUUCAUGCAGUUCGAGGAGGUGCCCGCCUUGUGCGAGACCUACGACACGGAGCUCUUCUAUGGCGCCAAGAACUGCUCGUGGUCGUCGUGCCGCGAGGGCUGCACCAAGGACAUCUACAUGUGCACCCAGAUUAGGGUCAACUAUCGCCUCAACCUGUACAACUUUACGGAUGAGUUUAACUUCACGGAGUACCACAUUGUCCUGAAAGAGUCGGAGCGCGUGAUACCGCCCAAGAAGCGCACGGAUCGCUAUGAGCGAGCGUUGCGGGACUACGAGUACGAUAAUCUGGGUGGUGGCAUCGAUGGCACCGCCCUGGACAUCGACAUGGGGGCCACCGGGAGGCUGGAUCAGCUGAGCUUCGGAGAUGCAGACGGCUCCAAUGGUUUUCUGAUUGAGGACUCGGACGACGCGCGGGGUCUAAGUGCCACGGGCACCUUGAUCAACGAGGAGCGCCAUCCCUUCGAUGAGAUCUCCGAACUGAAUGAGGGUCUGAUGGGCAACAGGUCCAUGUACUACUAUGUGGGCGCCCGCCUCUUUCCCAACGUCAAGGGAUGUGGCUAUCCGCCCAUGCUGAACUGCACCAUCUGGCUGAAACGAUACACGAAGAUCGGGAUGAAGUUCCCCUGCUACUACUCGCGGGUGGACCCCAGUCUGGUGAUCAGUGACCUGGACUACUGGCAGAACACCCUCAAUCUGGUGUACUCCAUGGCCAUUCCCAUUCCCUCGUUCAUCAUUUCGGUCAUCUACUUGACGUACGCCUACUUCAAGAUCUACAACGAGGACGAGGAGACGGCACCGCUCGAUAAGAAUGCCGAGGACAUGGACAUUGAUGACAUCGAUGCCGUCGACGACAGUGACGGUGCCGUUCUGGCCGACAAUGUGGCCGGCAGUCAAAUCAUCAACAUGGACUCCACAACCAAUGACAGUUGUUUGGAGGGUGUCCUGCCCAAUGGUGGUCCCGGCAUGACCACCUCCAUAUCGCAGGGUGGCUCGCUCACCACCCCAGGUCCAUACAUCGCACAAUCUCCGGCGGGCUCCCAAAUGACGCCCAAUUCGGAGAUGAACUCGUUCGGUCAUCAGCUGAAAGUUCAGAUGGCUGACGAGCUGUCCAGGGAUUCCCUGGAGAAUGGUGUUCUCUCAACGUCCAACUCAGUUCAAGGAAACUUGAGCAAGACGAUGACGACGAGUAUCUCAACUCCACCUGGGCCGACAGCGGCAGUCUGAAACGUCAGGCGCAUGGUCUGGAAAAUGUUAGAUUCCGAUUCGGAAAAUGAACCGCUGCUGGAAUCCUAAAAACAGUAUUGCGGGCAUCGUGGAGCGAACCCCUAAGGGAGGAGGUUCCACGAGCAAACAAAAGACGGAGCAGAGUAUUUCCCCAAAAAAGUAUUUCUACCCAAAACCAAAACCGAAAAAAGAAAAAAACAAUCGACAACAACGCAUGUGUAUGCGACCGAACCUGAAUACCUUCAGAGCUGUUAGAGACAUUUAAAAGAACUAUGAUAGAUUAUAUUUACCGUAUAACUACACACACCACACACACUAGGAACACUCAUCUAAAGGAACUUUGGAUAGGCUUAACGACACACCCACACCCACACCACACACACACAUCCCCAUUCAAAAUUGCAAUACAUGCAUUAUGUAGUGUCUGCACACGAUAUGAUAUCCGAAAUAUUACGAUAUCCGAGGCAUAGAUAGACAGAGAUGUAUACUAUACGGAUGAGGAUGAGGAGGCCGCUUCACACAAGGACCCACUGGACAGGACAGUGUGUGUUACUUUGAUUGGUACAAAAUACAAUAACAAAAAUAAAAAAAAACAGAAAAACAGAACUUGGACAGGAGGAGAACAAGUACUAUACUAGAGGAAAAUUAUAAUACUUAUACAACACAUACAUAUACAUAUAUACAAAUAUUUACUUGACUUAUUUUUCUAUUCGCAACAAUCGUCGUGUCGUGUCGUAGUCGUCGUCUCGAGGAAGAACUCUAAUACCCCCAACAAUGACCCCGAAUAUAGCCCCAUACCCAUA